AGGGUUUUAAGGCGGCUGCAAAAUGUUUCUCGUUUUGGUUUCGGGACAUCAGUUUUUCCCAUCUCUUCUAUGUUUUUUGGCCUGUCUCGUUAAUUAAGUUUCUCUUCCCUCUAAAGUUUUACACAGCUUACUAAUUACUUCUUUAUCAUAGUUUAUCCAAUUUUCUCUUCAUUCACAAACUGGGUUCCUCUUUGGUUGUUUAUAUCCCUUCUUCAACGUUUAUUCGUUGAAACAUGUGGCGGAACUUAGCCAAAAGAGCUUCUUCUAGGAAGAUUAAAUUUUCCCCUGGGAAAUUUUCUCAAGAAUCUACUUUUCUGGAGAAUAUAAAAACUCCAGAGACUCAAACUCUCUUUAAGGCUUCAUACCCACUUCUGGGUUUGCACCUAGUUACUGAUUUAUCCCCUAAAAAUCAAAACUUGGGUCGAUUCAGUCACACUCAAUCUAUCAACCCUUUUAGUCUUUUUAACUGUACAAGAAGUUAUGCAAAUGUUGCAGAGGCAAUUGCUUCAACAGAUGGAGAAUCAGAUAUUUCAGGUUCAGAAGAGAUGCAAGAAUUGAUGGAGCAAAUCCGCAAAAGGCCAGACAAUGUAAUGGACUCAUCAUCUUCGUCGUUUUAUAAGCAGCCGAAGAGAAUGGUGGGUGGAAUGGGUAUGCAGAAGUACUACGCGUUAAAGCGUAGGCAAAUAAAGAUGGAGACCGAAGCAUGGGAACAGGCAGCCAAGGAAUAUCAAGAUCUUUUAACGGACAUGUGUGAGCAAAGGCUUGCACCCAAUUUGCCUUAUGUUAAGUCCUUGUUUCUUGGUUGGUUUGAGCCUUUAAGAGAUGCAAUUGCUAAAGACCAAGAGAUUUGCAAGGAGAAAAGGUAUAUGAAUACUUAUGCUCCUUAUUUUGAUAAGUUGCCUGCGGAUAUGAUGGCCGUUAUCACUAUGCAUAAGUUGGUGGGGUUGUUGGUAAGUAAUGCAGGAAAGCCUGUCAGGGUGGUACAAGCCGCUUGCCUGAUAGGUGAAGCCAUUGAACAUGAGGCCAGGAUACACAAAUUCUUGGAGAAGACGAAGAAGAAGAUGAAUGUAGCAGAUAGUAAAUCGGGAGAUAUAUCAGAAACUUCCACCGAUGAACUAGAGAAAGUAACCAAAGAAAAAGAAAAAUUAAGGAAGAAGGUUACUAGUUUAAUGAAAAAACAAAAGCUGGAGCAAGCAAGGGAAAUUGUGAAGCAACAAGAUGAUUCAAAGCCAUGGGGUCAAGAUGCUCAUGUUAAGGUUGGUUGCCGUUUGAUGCAGUUGUUCAUGGAAACAGCCUAUAUACAACCUCCUAUUGAUCAAUUCUGUGAUAGUCCACCUGAUAUUCGCCCUGCGUUUGUACACACUUUUAAAAGUAUCACAAAUGAGGCAAUGAAAGGGCCAAAAGGCAGGAGGUAUGGUGUUAUAGAAUGCGAUCCUCUUGUCUGCAAAGGUCUUGAGAAAAGUGCUAGGCACAUGGUCAUUCCUUAUAUGCCAAUGCUAGUGCCUCCUUUGAAUUGGACAGGGUAUGAUUGUGGUGCAUACUUAUUUUUACCAUCCUAUUUUAUGCGAACACAUGGAGCAAGACAACAACGUGAAACAGUAAAAAGAACUCCAAGGAGUCAAUUAGAGCCUGUUUUUGAGGCCCUGAAUACUCUAGGAAAUACCAAAUGGAGGGUGAAUAAAAGGAUACUUAGUGUGAUUGAAAGAAUCUGGGCUAAUGGAGGCUGUCUUGCUGGCCUGGUUGAUCUUGAAGAUGUUCCUAUCCCUGAAGAACCUGGCACAGAGGAUGUGGCAGAAAUAAAGAAAUGGAAAUGGAAGGUGAAGGCUGCAAAAAAGGAAAAUAGUGAGAGGCAUUCACAGCGCUGUGAUGCAGAACUCAAACUUGCUGUUGCUCGCAAAAUGAAGGAUGAGGAGGGCUUCUACUACCCACAUAACCUUGAUUUCCGAGGUCGUGCAUAUCCCAUGCAUCCACAUUUGAAUCACCUUGGCUCUGAUCUGUGCCGAGGUAUCCUAGAGUUUGCAGAGGGACGCCCUCUUGGGAAGACAGGCUUAUGUUGGUUGAAGAUACAUCUGGCCAAUUUAUAUGCUGGUGGUGUGGACAAACUGUCUUAUGAGGGUCGGGUAGCAUUCACUGAGAAUCAUUUGGAUGAUAUCUUUGAUUCUGCAGACAGACCUCUUGAAGGAAGGUGCUGGUGGUUGGGUGCAGAAGAUCCUUUUCAGUGCUUGGCAGCAUGUAUUAAUCUCUCAGAAGCAAUGAGAAGCUCCUCUCCAGAGACUACAAUUUCACAUAUCCCUGUGCACAUGGACGGUUCAUGUAAUGGGUUGCAACACUAUGCUGCCUUAGGAAGGGACAAGUUGGGAGCUGCUGCUGUGAAUCUUGUUGGAGGGGAUAAACCUGCAGAUGUUUACUCAGGAAUUGCAUCCCGAGUUCUUGAGAUAAUGCGGAGGGAUGCAGAGAAAGAUCCUGCAACUAAUCCACAUGCACUAUUUGCUCGGCUUUUAAUCAAUCAGGUGGACAGAAAGUUGGUGAAGCAGACAGUGAUGACAUCUGUUUAUGGUGUCACUUAUAUAGGGGCCCGUGACCAAAUCAAGAAGAGAUUAAAAGAACGUGGUGCCAUUGCAGAUGAUUCAGAACUCUUUGCAGCAUCUUGCUAUGCUGCUAAAACCACAUUGACUGCCUUGGAAGAGAUGUUUGAAGCUGCAAGAAGUAUCAUGAGUUGGCUUGGCGAGUGUGCUAAGGUGAUUGCUUCAGAGAACCAGGCAGUGCGAUGGACAACUCCUCUUGGACUUCCUGUUGUACAGCCUUACCGCCACUUAGGAAGGCGUCUUAUCAAAACGUCCCUGCAGAUAUUGGCAUUACAGCGAGAAACUGACAAGGUCAUGGUUCAGCGGCAGAGAACAGCUUUUCCGCCAAAUUUUGUACACUCGCUUGAUGGUUGCCACAUGAUGAUGACUGCUGUUGCUUGCAAAAAUGCAGGCAUGAACUUUGCAGGGGUCCACGAUUCAUACUGGACACAUGCAUGUGAUAUUGACGGAAUGAACAGGAUACUCAGAGAAAAGUUUGUUGAGCUCUAUUCGAACCCAAUACUGGAAAAUUUGUUGGAGAGCUUUCAGAAAUCAUUCCCUAAGUUAAACUUUCCACCUCUACCAGAACGGGGAGACUUUGAUUUGAAAGAUGUUCUUGAUUCUCCCUAUUUUUUCAACUAGUCUGAGGUCACACUCCUCUCUUGACAGAAUGCCUUGAAAUUGGAUUCUUCCUCUGUCAAAACCACAAGGUAAUGGCAGUUUAAGUUUUCUUCUUGUUCAUAGUCUUCAUUGAAGGCAAGUUCCUUGUUACCCAUGUUGGAGUCCAAGUUGAAAGGAUAAGACACCAAUGGGGUGGCUGGAAUCAGUGUCCUCGGAUACUUUUGUACAUAAGACAAAGGAAGAGAACUUCAAGCAUUAGCAGAAGGUUGAUAUCUUAGUUUCUUUGGGAUAUUAAUAUUUGUGUUCUGGAGCUGCUUUUGGGUACAUGAUGAAGCAUUCUCUAGUUCUUUGAAGUUGGGCAAGCAAAUUGCAUCGACAUAAGCUUGAUUUUGACUGAAGAAAUUGCACUUUUAUCAAUGAAGUGAUUCAAUCGAUCUUAGAAGAUCGAAGGCGGUGCCCACCUUAUCGAGCUUCUAUUGCAUGGACGGAUCAUGAGAAUAACAGUUUUUGGUGGGUUUCCUACAAGUUUACAGAUUCACAAAGAUAGGUAGUUAAGAUGAUUUAUUUUGCCACCUGCGCAUCAUUUGUUUUGUAUGAUCUGUAUCAAUUGAUUGUCCUAUAGUAAGUUAUAAUAACAUAGAAAUUCACAGGGACUGAAUUUGUUGACAUUCUGGUAUGCAUGUUGUAAGUAACCUCUUCAGCUGAUUUCUUAAAGUGUCAUUUCCAGAGAAUCUCCUUGUGGUGGAAGGCACUAUGUGCGCAGCUUUCAGUGAAACAUUAAUGUUGAUUAAAUUGGUGGGAGUUGAAAUCAAGAGGAAGUUCAACUUA